GUAUCGUACACAGAGACUUCUAAGGAUAUGGUGUAUAUAUAAUGCAGUUAUAGUCUUCAAUACCCAUGGCAAAUAAGAAUCUCACAGAUUAUCCUUUGGAUAGAGCUGUCAUAUAAUCGAACUUCCCCAUUUAAAGUCAAUACAAGAAUGGCGAAAGAUGCAUUGUGUUCGCGAUUUGAGAGUCCAGGGGUGCGACAGCAACUGCAACUUCAACGCGAUUUUCUACAUAAAAUAAGUAUCCUUGAGGCACAUUAAAUGAUUAACUACUACAGUCCGUGGUAAAUAUAAAAGCCUCUAACGGUGUUUGGAUAAGAAUAAAAGCAUGAUAAAAGUGUCCUUAAAAAUCAGCAACUAAUUCUGCCCGAGUUUUGUGGGGCGCCUUGCAGCAGCUGACCAAAACUCAUGCCAUCUUUGCAGGGAGUUUUCCUCAUCGUACUGUAGAUACAUGGAUGCUACGACAAGUAAAGAAUAUGAGUGUCUAUGGAAGCAAAAUGAUUGCCAAUAAACUGGAUCGGUUUUGUGAAUGUUUACAACGGGAUCUUAAGGUAAAUCAGCUACUGUAACGGCAGAAGUAACACCCCAAUCGCCUACCACGCCACCAGAAGAAAAGCAAAAAAAAGGAAAUUUAUGCAUAGAUUUAGAACGGUGAACACGCGAGCGAUCAACUGCAUCAGAAAACAAAAACGCCACAAACGAAAGCAUAAUUCUUCAUCGACCAUCGCUUCAUAAAAUGUAAAAUAUUACUUCAUAGUCUGUUGGCUUGCGUUUUAUUUUUUUUCCCUGACAUUUUAUGAUUUUCUAACUAUUGCGAAUUGACCAUGAUUUUGAGCAGACAUCAUCAACGGCCACAGCAACAAAAACUCAAGCGACACUAUCGACUCUUAAAUCAUAAUCCCUAUAUACAGCAACCGCUAAGGCCAAGUCUGGGCAGCGACGCGUGCAUUAAAUAGCAUAGCCAUUGCAAAUACCGCCAAGAAGAAGCGGUCAGAUUCUGCACGAAACUCCCUAAAGAAUUUAUUAACUCAAUCUGGAAAAACCAACAGUUGGUCAACCAACAAGGCUUGCAACAAAACCCACAAAGCAGGCAUUAGGAAACUCCACUUCACAUGUUGCCCAGGAAUGUGGCCAACAACAACGACUUCAACAACAUGUUGCCUAACCAUUACAUACCCAUAUUAUUGAUGGCCUUAUCGUUUUGUCAAGGAUCUUUACUACCGCCACAAACAGAUUUGAAACAUGCAGAAGAGCCUGGGUCCAAUGCCAGUCAAGUUGGUGGUGUUGUUGAUGCUAAUGGCACUGUCGAUGCAGCUGCUGCUGCGCCAGUUGCCGUCGUUGCUGCCGGUGACAAUGCUUCCGAGGCAAGAGGCUCCAUGGAUGGCAAUCUUAAUUUAUUGCCCCGUCCUGCCAAUUUACUGUUGGAUGCCAUACCCUCAGUUGCAUCAGCCCAAGGCUCACCCAUGAAUUUGACCCGCGAACAUGAGGGAGAUAUUUUUUGGACCAAUGGUGUUACUCUAUGCAAUGUGGACACUUGUGUGGGGCUUUCUAGUGGCUCUGCCUCUUGGCUGUCAAUGGGCGUUAACAAACUAGGUUCAUUGGCUGAAAGCGGUAGCAGUGUUGGCAAGUCUCAUUUAGAAUUAUUGGCACGUCAAACGCACAAGUUAAACAUCAAGUCAUCGCCUCCGUCACCGUUGUCUCCAGCAUCAUCUUCACCGUCACUGUUGGCCAUGCCAGCAUUGACAACCACCAAUGCCAAUGGGGAAAGUUGCCAAUGUCGUUGUUUGCCAUACCUGAAAACAUAUCGUGAAGAUCUCGGCAUUUGUGUUGACGAUAUACAUGAAUGCUCACUUUCACCCUUCGUUAGCGGUUCAUCUUCUGAGAAGAUUCCCUAUGUAUUUUUACCAUUACGAGGACAAAUUAUAUAUCCAAGCAGGGAAAUACGUUUUACAGAUAUACGAACACCAGUGUGUGCUGUUACAGGUGCCCAGUAUCUGACCAUUAACGGAUGGUCUGAUUUGCGCAAUCCCAUCGACAAUGAUUACCCAUUUCGCAUGUUUCGUGAUGAGGGCAGGACUUUUCUACAGUGGUUGGGGGAAGCUGAUCUUCGUCACAAAAUGCAAGGUCGCCUUAUUGUUGUGCAUCUGGUGUGUCGUGAUAUGACGCUGCCACUGAACAUGUCUGCCUCCUCCAAUGAUCAUAUAAUGCCGCCUAAAAAUGUAUUUUCUCCUUGUGUUGCCUUUCGUGUGAAUGGCAGUCCUGUGAAAUUUGCCAACAAUGUUUCUGAAGUGCUCUUUCAAUCUGAAGCAACUGCCACAUUGGCCUCCACCUCUGAUGGCAUGUCCACCAAGGAAUACAUAGUGAUUGGUGUUUGCAGUCUGCUGUUGGGUCUCAUCUAUGUCUCUUCGGUUUUUCUCUAUUUGCACAUGAAAAAACGUAAAGGAAGAGAUCAGCCACGCAUGCGUAACUCUUUGGAUGAUUUAACCAAUGAAAUCAAUUAUCCCAAAAAUGAUCAGGUGACAUUUGGGGCACCUUUUACACGAAGUGGUAGCCUUUACUCGGUGGGCAGUUUGGCUACCACUAAUGAGCCCAGAUCAAGAGCCAGUCUGAGUAGCUUGAAAGAGGAAAUGGGAAUAGUGAAGAAUAAUCCUUUGUUGCAACAUUUUCCCCAGCUCAGUGAUCAUCAUUCGGGUUUUACCAGCGACAUUUCCAAUUCGGCAUCGGAAUGUGAAAUGGAUGGUGGAUACCAUGACAAAAUGAAACAGAUGCAAACAAAUGCCUUAAUUCAUCCCCAAAUGGGCAUGAUGUCCAAUAGCGAUUCGCCCAAAGGAUCGCAACACUCCUCGAGCAAUGGCAACAGCAACAGCAAUAAUUCCACAAACGAAGAAAUGGCAGAGCAGGGCAGUAAUACCCAAGAAAAUGAGUGUUUGCCUCAAGAAAAUGUGGCCAUUAUCGAGGAUAUGAUGACGGAGGAGAAAUUGGAAAAUCUAAGAGCUAUGGUCAAUGGAAAUGUGCGCAAGAAGCUAUAUUUCAAUCCUGCUUAUUUUGAGCCGCAUCUAUUGGCGCAACCCCCUCCGGCAGCCGUGGAAUUUUUGCAAAAAAUUCGUGAAGUCAUUGCCAUAGCCAAAUACAAAAUGGCCAGCAAACGCUAUCAGCCUUCGCUGAAUGUCAUCCCGGAGGAGAAUCAAGCCCGCUCCGAUACCCCUUCCUUGUUUGGCUCCAACCAAAUACAAAACCCUGCGGAAUGCCAGGGCUGUGUUCAAAAUCGCUGCAGUGGCCAUGUUAAGAAUUGUGGCGACAAACGCAACACCAUUGAAAAAUGGCUGGAAACAGUCAACCUCAAUGAGGACACACAUAAUGCCAAUCAAGCUGGGAAAAAUCAAAGAGAAUGUGAAACUCCUAGUCCGGAUAAGGGACAACAAUCACCUAAGGGCUCAACUUCAUCUUCGUCUCAAGGAAGCACCAAAGCUCCUCCAGCUAAUACGUCUUCCAGUAGACGAAUUGCAACCAGGAAGGAUAUAGCACCACCCAAGCAGAAACCUCCUCCACCACCUACGCAAAAGUCGCAAGGCUCUUCCCAGGGUGAGGGAAAAAAUCACAGCGCCACAAACUCAGAUUCCUUGAAAGGAGGCUCACCACAAGCUAGAGAAGAAAUGGGGGAUGAGAAUGCCCAAGGCGCCUUCCAGAACUAUGAGAAGCCUUCACAACCCAAGAAUUCCCUUAAUAUACCCAUACUGCAUCAUAAGCUGGAGGCCUAUUCGGCCAUAUCAGCCUCCGCUUUUAUGUAUGGCUAUGCCGAGACGGGAGGUGAGAUAUACAACAACCCAAAAUUCACUCUACACGAUUCUCCGGCUGUUUCGCGUAGUUCUUCGCAACGCUCCAAGACCUCGCGUAAACGUUUGGAUGUACUGGAUCAAUAUGCUGCUGCUUCCACACCCACCUCCUUGACUUCAACCGAGCGGCAGCAUUAUCAUAUGCUGAGGAAUAUUGACCAUGCUAAUGAGAAUCUGGAUCCCGAUGCCAUUGUCAAGGACUAUUCGGCGACCUUGCGCUCUAACAGUAGCUUUCAGGUAGAUAUACCCACUCCCGAUUAUGACAGCACUAUGGAGAAGAAAAUCAAGGAUAUCUACAACAACACGCAAAGUAGUGCCCCCUCGGUACCCACACCAGACUACAGCUCCUUGAGCCGUAGAUCCCUUAAGCAAUAUCAACCUGAUUCCCCCAUAUAUCGUCGAAAAUCCCCCCAAUACUUGAUAGUGGACUAUGAGACGGACAGUCUGGAAAGAGUAGAAGGCACCAAGCGUAAAUCUUCCCAAUCCUCCUCCUCGCCUUCGUCAGAUGUCAGUUCUCAGUUAAGUCCCAGUUUGAGCACUGCCCUGCCCUUGGAGGAGGAACUGGAGAUAAGCCACACAGUCUAUGGCCGUGAAGGUGGUGGUAGUGGAGGUGGGGCGGGAGGUUUUAACUCCAAAUCCUUAGGCAACAACUCCAAGAAAUUGGUGCGCUCCCUGGAAGUGAAUAUGCAGCAAAAGGAUAUGGCGGCACGCAUUAAAUACGACACGCCCUUUCGUGGCAGCAUGACCAUUGAGGUGGAACACGAGCCACCCUCCGAUUUGGAAAGGUCCACCGACAGUGAUCAAUAUGAGCCAGAUACUUUGGAUCGCAAGCCCAAGAAGCAAAGUUUUUGCGAUGUGAGUGCUUGGUCCAGUGUCACCGACAUCAAAAGGGCCACAGACAAUGUCAACUCUCCGCCCCAGUCCUUGCCCGAUAUGAACCACCAUCAGCAUCACCAUCAACGCCCACCCGCCGCUAUGCUGGAUCUGGCGGGGAAAAGCUCAUUUCGCCUUAAGGCCACCAGUGAAUGUUCGCUUCGCAAAAACAACCGAGACUCAGCCUAUGAGAGUCAGGUGGAAUUGCGCAGACCCUGCGGCAAUCACCAUCACAGGAACGAAGAAGAAGAGGCUGCCACCAAAUCCAAUGUCAACAAUUUAAGGGAGAUCUAUCAGUCACUGUUGGUAAGGCAAAAUAGCGAUUGCAGCUGUAAGUGUGGAGGUCAGGCCACCAGCCUCUAUCUGCAGGAACAAUUGGAAGAUCUUACCGAAAAGGGUCGCAUACUUACACUGGAGGCAAAGCAUACCAGGCGGCAAAGGCCCAGCGAACCACCCACACCUCCCCCAUUGGUAGAAAUUUCCAAUGACACUCCCAAUAAAUGUACCAUAAAAAUUUCCACACCCAAAUCCAGCCGAGAGAAUUUAGCUGCCCCAGAGCGAAGGCCCACCGAAUAUGUGGAGCCUCGUUUACACCAAAGGCCCACCAAACAGAAUGGCGAACAGGCGAUGGCAGCCAUGAAAGGUUCCCCUUCACCCAAACCGCCAAGAAGUCAUAGUGGAACGCCAACAGGACAAAGAAAGUUCCGUGGAAAUUCUGCCUCACCAUUACCCCCACCUCCUGCGCCACCAACUACCUCAGCAUCCACUACCUUGAAUAGCAAGACCAGUCGCUCCAGUUCCCAGCCCCGUCAAUAUUGCAUCAAUCAAUCGGCCACCGAGGAGGACACCUUGAGUAACCACAGCGAGUGCACAGAGGUCACCGGCAUAUCGGGCACAAUGACCAACUCUGAAUUCGAUGGUUCCAUGAGAAAGAACACUUUGGCCUCCCUGGGCAAGGCAGAGAAGGACAUAGAGCCUGUGCUUGAAUUAGAAUCACGAAUACAAAUCGAAUUGCAAACAUCUGCCACCAACGAAGCUAUGCAUGCGGCAGCAAAAAAGCUCAAGGGCGAUGAUUAUGGUGCCAUAUUCAAUACCCACAUCAAAGGUUUGCGCAAUGACUAUAGCCUCAAUAAAUAUCUCAAUCGCCGCAAGUCGCAAGAGAAAAUAGAGUUUCCUGCAGACCUAGCGAAUCAGAACUCCAACUCCCCCAUUGAGUCGCCAGUACUGGAGACCAACAAUAAUCUGAAGAAUUCCCCCGCAGACGCCAUGGAUCCCAAUAAACUUGAUGUGAUCUCUCUUAGUUCCAGAUCGAAUCGUAGUUCGAGUCGUCUAUCAGAUCGGACCAAGGAGAUGUAUCGCAAUGCUGGAGUACCUGUGGGCAUUGCCUAUCCCCAACGCAGCAGCGCCAAUGCGAAUACACCUGCCUCUACUACUGCCACUCCUACAGCCACUCAAGCAGGCACCAAUGUUCAGACAGUCUAUCGCUGUGAAAUUGAACCGGUUCAGUUAACCCAUGGCAUGCAAAUAGCCAUGGGUCUCAAGGACCGCCCAAAAAAGGCCAAAGAUAUAAAGAAUGCCUGGAGGAAAUUUGUCAGCAUGGCUGCCUCUAAAUUUAGUCCCACCCAAAGUCCAGCACCACCCUAUGACAAAAAGGCAACUUCCUCCAUUCUCGAAGUGUUAGAGCGCGAUGAAGGCAUUUCCUCCUUGAUAGAGGAAAAACCUCGUGUCUCCUCACCCAAAAGUACAUACUCGGCCCCAGCUAGUCAAAAUUACUAUGAGCAAAGAUUUGGUCCCAGACCGUUGCAGGAAAUGGAUAGCGGUUAUAUGAGUGCUGAUUCAGGUGAGGCUUUGAAACGUUCUUUCUAUGAUCGCUAUAACUUCAAAAUGAUGUCUGGGCGUGAUCAUAUCAUACGCGUCGACACCAUUCAAGAUAAUUCGGAUAAUGAAAGCACCUCCACCGACCAACAGAGAGUGGCCCAAGAGAGUAGACGCUUUGAAGAUUUUGAACAUAUCAAUGAACAACAGCAGGAAUUGGGUAAUAGCCUAGAGUUGGGCGAAGAGGAGGAUGAGGAUGAUGAUAGUGAUAAUGAUUCGGAUAAAACCAUAACCCGUUCGCAUGCACCCGAACAAUCGUUGCGCUCUUCAUCAUCGACGAAUACCUAUACCACAGACGAAGACGAGGAGGAGGAGGAUCAUCGCACUACCAGUUAUGGUUCCUCAGAGACUGAUGGAGAUACCAAUAACGAUGACCUAUGGGAAUCGGGAGCCGAAAGCAUUGAAACCCAUUCGGUGCUAUAUCGUAACAUAAGGAAAUCUUUGGAAAGAUGAAAACGGUAAAAUCUCUUCCUCAGAGAAGAGUUGUUUAGAGUUUAAUCGUUAGAGGUUAGUUAAUAAACUAGGUUAGCUUGUAAUUUCCUAUUAUUAAGAAU